GAGCAAAGUUAACGCCCCGAAUUUGAUUAUUUUCUUUUUCACUACAGUGCUGCGGAAUUAUUAUUUUUUUCUGUUUCCCAUUUUAUGUACUUUUUAAUCUGUCUAGUUUACAAAUUAACCUAAAAUUUACUUCAACUUGAUGUUUGAUGAUUCUUUUUUGUUCUCAAUGAGACAUCUUUAAUUCAACGUCUGCUGCAUAAUUAAUAUUCUGAUUUGUAAAUACACAAUGGCUGACUGUCUUUCUGGAGGGUCUUUGUCCAGUAUUGAAGGGUUUUUGUUGUUCUUUUCUUUGAUUGAGUGAACUGGUGCAUCACUGCCACAUGUGGGUAGCUGGUCUGCCUGCGAGUGUGUGUGUGUGUGUGUGUGUGCGUGUGUGUGUGCGUGUAGUGUGUGUGUACGCAUGCUUACAUACAUGUGUGUGAGAUGGUAUCAUUCAGCCAAGUGCUGUUCUCCUCCUACGUUUUAUGAACAAAGAGGCUGUUUUUGGUUAAAGCAAAUGAAACACACACACACACACACACACACACACACACACACACACACACACACUUCAGACCCACAGAGCCACAUCUUCAAACAACACGAACAGCUUCACGCACUGGUUUGUGUUGUUGCUGCUACUUCUUUCCUGUCCAUUUGUCCAGAAUCUUUGAGCUCUAAAGAAAUUCGUACAAUAGAAAAUGAACUUACAGACAAACUAAACUGACUUACAGAGGGAACGUUAAGAAAAAUACAAUUUAAUAACCUUCAUCACAAUCUCAGCCACAUAGUUAUUGUUUAUAUCGGACAAUGGCGACUACAGGUCUCCAGGUCCUUGGCCUGUUGGUUUCGAUAGCAGGAUGGGCGGGUGGGAUUUUGGUUUGCGCCGCCCCAUUUUGGCGCGUAUCAGCUUUCGUCGCAGAUGAGCUCGUGGUCUCUCAGGUGCUGUGGGAGGGGCUGUGGAUGACCUGCCUAUCAGAGUUGGGGAGGAUCCAGUGUAAAGUAUACGAUUCUGCACUCGCUCUCUCAGGCUCCACCCAGUUUUGCCGUGUGAUGGUUAUUUUAUCUAUCCUCUUCGGAUUAUUGGCCGUACCGUUGGGUGUGAUUGGGAUGAAGUGCACACACUGCAUCGAGGGCGCGCGCGACGUUAAGACUCGCCUGGUGCGUACGGCGGGUGGCAUCUUCAUGGCAGCCGGUGUGGCUUUCUUUUUGCCAAUUUUCUGGACCACUUUCUCUGUGAUUCGGGACUUUUACGACCCGAACGUGGCACCACCACUCAAGCGUGAACUAGGCCCUGCCCUGUAUCUCGGAGGAGGCGUGGCCUUUAUGAUGUUGGUUGGAGGGGUCAUGCUGUACCAAGGAGGCUCUGCCCCUAGUGGAGUUCCAACCAAGCCUACUUUUGGCAAAGGGGCGGGGCCAGCCAAGGACAAUCCGACGGAGGGGAAACAGGACAAGGCUUAUGUGUGAGCAAGGAAUCAGGAUUGUCAGGUCAUCGAAAUGAAUUCAGAAAUUUCCAGACAAGUUAAAACAAGCAAGAAGUAAUAUCUGUGCUUCAGACAUGCUAAUUAAAAUCAACAAUACAUUUUAAAAAAUGUAAAAAGUGACAAAAAUCAUCUGAUU